AUGGCGGCGGCUGCGUGGCUUCGGCUAGUGCCUGUCACUCUUAUUCUUCUCGGGACGUUGCCAUCCCCGCUGUCUCUUCCCAGCGUGGGGCCAGGACCAGCCGCCGCCGCUGAGAGAUCCAAGUGGCAUGUCCCAGUGCACUUGAAAAAGAAGUAUUUUAGUUUUGGAAAGAUCCUCUUCAACAAUACCACUAUCUUCCUGAAAUUUGAAGGAGAACCUUGUGAUCCAUCUUUGAGUUUCAAUGUGACCUGGUACUUGCGUUACUGUAACUGUUACAAUGAAGUCUUCAACUUUGUGGAUGAACAAGCAGAAGCUUAUUUUGGAAGCACUAAGGAGGAACGUAAUGGUUGGCCUGGGUCCUAUGAAAUGUUACCAAGUUUGUUCCAGAAUUACAGUGAACUCUUUAAACCACAGAGUUUUUCUGGUGAUUUUGUGCAUCCAGUGGUACUAUCAGGAGGAAAACAAGAGGCUAGGUACAAUGGAACAAACCAUACAGCUGUUGUAGAGAAGCUUGCAACAAAUGGUGCUAUUAAAACUUGGCAAGAUGGGCCAUAUAUCUUCAUUGUUCAGAUUGGGAUUUCAUAUUCAAAGGACUCUUUGAAAGAAAUGCCACAAAAUCAACUUUUUACCAUGACGGUGGAAGUGAAGGGUCCCUAUGAAUAUCUCUCUCUUGCAGAGUAUCCCCUUAUGAUUUUCUUCAUGGUGAUGUGUAUCGUGUAUGUCCUAUUUGGGGUUUUGUGGCUGGCGUGGUCUGCUUGUUACUGGCGAGAUCUCCUGAGAAUUCAGUUUUGGAUUGGUGCCGUUAUCUUUCUGGGGAUGCUAGAGAAGGCAGUCUUCUAUGCAGAAUUCCAGAACAUUCGCUACAAAGGAGAGUCUGUCCAAGGUGCCCUGAUUCUUGCAGAGCUGCUCUCGGCAGUGAAACGAUCGCUGGCUCGGACUCUGGUCAUCAUAGUCAGUCUGGGCUAUGGGAUAGUCAAGCCUCGCCUUGGAGUCACUCUUCACAAAGUCGUGGUGGCAGGAGCUCUCUAUCUCUUGUUCUCUGGCAUGGAAGGUGUCCUCAGAGUUACUGGGGCCCAGACUGACCUUGCUUCCUUGGCCUUUAUCCCCCUGGCUUUCCUAGACACUGCCCUGUGCUGGUGGAUAUUCAUCAGCCUAACUCAGACAAUGAAGCUCUUAAAACUUCGGAGGAACAUUGUGAAACUAUCUCUGUAUCGCCAUUUCACCAACACUCUCAUCUUAGCAGUUGCCGCAUCUAUUGUUUUCAUCAUCUGGACUACCAUGAAGUUCAGGCUAGUGGAUUGUCAAUCGGACUGGCAGGAGCUGUGGGUGGAUGAUGCCAUCUGGAGGUUGCUAUUCUCGAUGAUCCUAUUUGCCAUCAUGGUUCUGUGGAGACCAUCUGCAAACAACCAAAGGUUUGCUUUUUCACCAUUGUCUGAAGAAGAGGAAGAUGAUGAACAGAAAGAACCCAUGCUGAAAGAAAGCUUUGAAGGAAUGAAAAUGAGAAGCACAAAACAAGAACCAAAUGGAAAUACUAAAGUUAAUAAAGCUCAAGAAGAUGAUUUGAAGUGGGUAGAAGAAAAUGUUCCUUCUUCUGUGACUGAUGUAGCACUUCCAGCCCUUCUAGAUUCUGAUGAGGAAAGAAUGAUCACGCAUUUUGAAAGAUCCAAGAUGGAAUGAAGAAUGGAAGGUUUUCAGGGUAGAGUUUGUUAGCAUCAGGGAAGAGAUCAGCAAUUGUGUCAGAUUUCUGCUACUACCCCACUGGCUCAAAGAAGGCCAGCAACAUACUCCUGAUAUGUUCCUUGAUCUUUGUGCAUUAGAGUUGCAGAGAGAGAGAGAGAGAGAGAG